AUGAAACGAAAGGCGACGGUGCAAUCGCAGCCGGCACCGAUCAGCGCGAUUGCAGCUCGAAGAGCCCGACAAGCUAAGAUUGCGGCUGGAAAGACACCUACUGCCACUACCGAGUCAGAAUCGACGGAAGACUCUCCGUUAAAACGGACAAAAGUGUUCUCGACUCCAAUCCCCCGGAAGCAGGCUCGCGGUGGAAAAACUUCACCGAAAGCUCCUCCACCCACAGUCCGCCAUGAGAUAAACCCUGAGGUUGAAGCUCUAAGCUUAGACCAAGACAACAAUGGAUACCCUAUAGAGGAUGACGAUAGAACUCAGUUCUCUGAAGAUCAUGAAGAGAGAUAUGUGCCUCGACCUACAGCCUGCGAGUCGCAUGAGAACUUUUUACUAUCCAAGGGUCGCAUCACCAAGGAGAGCAUUGUAUACACCAGGGAAAAUGCCGUCUGUCUACGGUUAAAACUAAAGACGACAUUGGCAAUCGUUGGCCAGUAUGAUAUCUGGGUAAAGCGAGGGGUAGUGAGUAUAAUGGGAGCGAAGCUAUACCCGUGUCCUACGAUAUACAGGGUUUACGCGCCUUCAACGCACUCUUUGCCAGUUAUAAAAUCCGUGUCAGGACCAGAUGGAUACGCCGAAGUGGAAAUUAUUUCCUACAAUGACGGCCUGUCACAGCUCAGUCGAAUAUCCAACCUAUAUUAUCGGAUAUGGAACGGUCAAGGGAAAUCCGCCGUUAGAAACCCUCUGGCCCCUGAAAAGGCAACAUUUUCCAUACUACAUUCAUCCUCUGACGAUCCAUACAAACGGCAUCUCCGCCCUCUUCAUCUCGAUAAAAAAUGGAGCAUGAUGAUAAAGCAGCUCUCCCGGCGCGCUGGAGCACUAAAAGUGCUUACAUGCGGACCGGGGGGUUCUGGGAAGUCGACGUUCAACAGAUACCUACUCAACCAUCUCCUCAGUCCGUCGCCUGAUGCUAGCAAGUCGGUGAAUGAUGGCGUUGCAUUCCUUGAUUUGGAUCCUGGACAGGCCGAAUUCUCCCCCAUGGGCCAAGUAUAUCUGGCCCAUUUACGUGCUCCAGCCCUGGGACCGCCCUUGUCCCAUCCUUCGCUUAAUGCGGAGGAUGGAUCAAUAAUUCGAUCACAUCUUAUCGGAGGCAAUUCCCCCAAGGAUGAUUCCGACCACUACGUCCAAUGUGCCAUGAACCUACUGAGUCAUUAUCAAAGGCUUCUUGAAAGUUACCCGCAAUGUCCGCUAAUCAUCAAUUACCCCGGCUGGAUAUUUGGACAGGGCCUGGAGAUCUUAACUUGGUUUGUAGAAACGCUCGGUCUCUCUGAUGUAGUAUAUAUGAGCGAAACAGGGCCAGAAGAAGUGGUCGGGCCGCUCCAGUCUGUGGCGAAUGCGGUCGGUAUACCGUUCACAACCUUACCAUCCCAGCCGACUGAGUAUGCAUCCCGAUCAAGUGGUCAACUCAGAACGAUGCAGAUGGUUUCAUACUUUCACAUGCAACAAGCUCAAAACCCAUAUUGGUCUGCCGCUCCCGUCUCUCAGACUCGUCCUAUCAAAGUCAGCUACUCGGGGCCUAGCCAAGGCAUACUCGGUGUAAUGAUAACAGGAUAUCCUCACGAUAAGGACCAUAUACUUGAUCUAUUGGACGGGUCAAUAGUGGGAGUUGUGGCAAUUGAGAAUGCCGAUGCCAUUCAAUCCGCCUCUUCCUCAAGUCAAGCUGAUGCAAAUGGGGAUAAUAGACCCGACGAGGCUGAGGAUGAAGGUGAUACAGACACAUCGACACCAAACACCGAACAGAAACGUCAUCCCUGUUUACAUCGCACGGAGAGAGAGAAUCUUCCUUAUCUAUUCAGCGGAGAUGGAACAUGCGCACCACCCAGGCCCGAACUAUCCUACUCCCUCGGCCUAGCUCUUAUCCGAUCUAUUAACACCGACUCUCAAUCCCUCGACCUGAUCACCCCCGUCAGCUCUAGAGCUCUCCGCGAUGCGUUGGAACGAGGACAUCAAAUCGUCCUUGUGCGAGGAAAUCUAGACAACCCCGACUGGGCUAUCAGCGAAGGAUAUUUCGCCGCCAGAUGGGCGCACAAGCAACAACCACGAUUACAGCAAAAGUUAAAGUCACAACCACGAGCAGAUGAAGCCAGUCAAAGUAACAGAAAGUUACCAGAGUCCAGCAGCCGCAUGGAACACGAAGCGCAUCUAGAUAAAUUACGAGAACGCAUACAUCGUGCUGGGAAUGUGCCGUGGAUGCGGGUAUCGGGCGCACAUAGGGCAGAAUCUACGAAACCGAGCAUGAAGAGCAAUGGAAUGUGGAAGUUGAGAAAGGCUGCAUAUUCCGCUGACUCGGGCAGCGGGAGUGAACAGGAGUGGUGA